UUAGUUGAUAACUUGUAGUUAGAAACCGCGCCAGCGAAAGGCGUUCCCUCGGUGCAUCUCAGCUCAACCCUCCAUGUCAGCUGCCUUCGUGAACACCUAAAUCAAACCUCACCAUCAUCGUCGAGCCGGCGCACGUUAGCAGAUACCUGUUAGAAUCUCUGCCUCUCUGUUCCAGGUGCAUGGGUUUGGGUUUAUGUAAGUAAAAUGAAAACACCGAAGCAGAUAGUAGUCUGAAGGGCUCUUCUCUCUCCGGCGAUUCCCAUCUACGAUUCUACGACUCCGAUUACUCGAAACGAAGCAACCAAAUCCUAAUAGAACCAUUGUAUUUACUUCAUAUUGGGUUCCAGGAAAAAAUGAAACUAAAGAAAAAAGGCCUCAACUUUGUGUUGUUGUAACACUUACUGAUUUAGAUUGAUUACUUCAUCUACUAUAAUGAAAUAAGGCUUUAGUGGAGCAUAUCUGGACUAGAAGAGGUAAAAAAUAUGCCCGAGAAAGAAAUGGUAGUGAUUGGAAGGAAAGUGACUCCCUCAUUGGUUGAUCUCUGUGUUAAGACAGCAAUAGAUAAUGUAAGGUACCUUGGGGAUGUUGGUGAAACGGAUCUAGAUCUUCUUGGUCAAAUUUUACCACAUUGUACAGUGGACCAAUUGAUGCAUGUGGAGAAGUGUUCAGAAGGAAGAGAUUUAAGCCCAGUUACUGACAAGUUGUGGAAGAAAUUUUAUGAAAAGCAGUUUGGUACAAGAAAUACAGAGAAAGUUGUAGAGAGGAUGGCCAAAAGUUUGAAGUCAUAUAAAUGGAUCCGUUUGUAUGAGGCAAAAUCAGAAGACAUUGCUGAGCAUGAGAAGAAAGCAGCUGCCCGAAUUAAGAACCUAUACAAGAAAGAAAAUGCACGAAAACAAAGCCGGCAAGUUCAGCUUUGCACCAAGGUUCCACCUUCAAAAAAUAAAAGAAGUUUUUAUGGUGGCGGUGGACCUGGCCACAAUGUUUCAAACCAUAAGGGCAACUUGAUGAAAAAGUCAAAAAUAGAAUUUCUUAACAGUCAUGAGGUGAAGAAUCUUGCGGCUAUGAAGAAAAAGGAGUACCAGAAAAAUGAUGGUGCCUCUCCCACGAUGAAACAAGCUCGGUUUUCUGGCAUAUAUGCUGCUACAACUUCUAAACUUUUCAAGCCUGUACACAGAAGAACAUAGAAACAUGCAUUUCUGAGUCUUGGCAUUGCUGUGAAGAAUUCUAUCUUGGACAGUAUCCUUGCUAAGCUUUGCAACAUCUCUAAACAAUCUGGAGUCCAAGAGCGAUCAUUUUAUUUCUCCUUUGUUUAUACUUGUGCCGUCCGCCUUUGUUAAUAUCCUAAAUUAAGAAGUUUUGGUUGUUUUACUACUAGCCUUGCACCUGCUCAGUUCCCCCUUUAUAUGUUCUUAGAAACUAAUUAAAAAAGAAGACUGAUGCUUUUAAAUUUA